AGUAGUGGAUCAAGUCCAUAGAGCUUCACCAGGUGGCGCAAGCGCUCCUGGCACUUAGGAUGGGCAACGCGCUCGAGUCGCUCAAUGACAUCACCGAGCAUGGUAACAGUUGGGAGGCACAGCGCGCUGCACUGUCAGCAGCCAAGGAUGUGCUAGGGCCAACCGUGCCGCUGUUUCCACAGCUGGUUGUCCAACGACCCGCCGGCCCGAGGAGGACUUCCCGCCAUAGCGACGACCAGGAGGACCGUUCGGCACAACAGCCGCAGGACCCGCAGCCAGAAACUCCGGGCUCAUCGAGCACGGCGCCCCCAGCAUCCGCGCAGGCGUGCUUCCACAAGCCUGCUCAGAUGGUGCUGGAUGCCGGCAUCAGCGCCAAGGAUCGCGCGGGCAGGAACCAGCGUGCCCUGUGGACGCCGCUGCAGCAGUGUGCCUCGCUGCGCGACGCGGUGCUGCUGACCGAGGCCCGCCUUGCGCAGCUGCACCCGCACCUGCCCCUAGGCGUACGGUUUGCGACCUGCUGGAAGCUGAUCUACUGCCCCCGCGUCCACGGCGUGUCGCUGCAGACGUUCUACCGACAGAGCCAGGCCUGGCCGGGCGAGACCCUCCUGCUCGUGGAGGACACCGACGGCGUGGUUUUCGGCGGAUUCGGCUCGCACACCUGGACGAUCCAGUCGAGGCUCCACUUCGGCACCUCCGAGAGCUUCGUCUUCACGUUUGGCGGCGCGGCGGCCCCCGAGCCGGGCGGCGCUGCCUGCAGCGAGCCCGCCCGCCCGCCCGCGGAGCUUCAGGUCCACCCCUGGGCCGGCGGGAACCAGCACUUCAUGUUUGCCGACUCUCGGGGCUUCGGCAUGGGAGGAGGCCUGGGGUACGCCUUCUGGAUCGGCAGGGACCUGCUUGUGGGGUCUUCGGCUGCCUCCCAACGUUUGGCACUACGGGGCCGCUCACUUCGCGCGAGGACUUCGUGGUGCGGAGGCUGGAGUGUUGGACCUUCGACCACCAUGCGCUUGCGGUCUGCCUCGACCAGGACGGGCAGGGCCGCGAGGCGGUGUCGCGGUCCCCGUCGCCGGAGCUGGUCGGCGAGUCCUCGCACGCUUCUCCUUCGGAGGCCGACCGGGCCUCUUCGCCGGCGCGGCGGCGGGCCUGGCGGCAGGCGCAGCUGCGCCAGCAGGCCACCGACGCGCUCCGCUUCGAGGCCUUCGCGUGAGCCCACCCGGGGGCGCCCGCUCUCAGAGGGCAAAUCACGGAGGCUUCCGCUCGAAUUGCACCGGGUAGGGUUCGCAUGUGGCCCCCUAGCUGUAGGCACGGCUGCCGCGUGCGUGGAAGAAAGCGGGGCGCGGCUGGCCCGGGAGGCGCCACGGCCGCGGCGUGUCGUCGCAAGGCCUCUGGGCGCACGGUUUUCCCCAGCAGGCGGUGGUGCGGCUCUGCCGGGGGGGGGUGGCGGUCGAACGCUAGACGCCCCGCGCACUGCCGCCGCUGCGCACCGCUGCUAAUCAUACCCUAGUCUCGUGGAGGUGCUGAUGCAACCGAAGCGUCGCAGCGGCUUCACCUUCUGACCAGCAGCCAAUACCUUCUCUCCCUGGGCGUCCGAUGUGCCGUUUUUCAGGUCGCGGGCCUGGAGGUGCCGACCCUCUCCCCAGGGGCCAGGGUGUCCGCGUGUAUAUUUUCGUGGCCUGUCCCCCCUCCUCUCCCCCGACGACGGCGCGGCCGACGGCGACGACGACGGCGACGUCGUCGCCGUCGCCCUCGGCGUGCGGUGGCGCGCCGUGCGCUCGGUCCGCCGGCGCUCGCCGACGCUCGCCGCGCUGCCGCCGCCGGGCCAGCCCCCCGCUCGCGCGCGGCGCCCCCUCUGCAGGUGGCGCGCGUGCGUUGGCCCCCCGUGGCCGCUGGGCCCACGGCGCGCGCGCGCGCGCGCCGCGCUCGGCAGUGGCGGGCCUGCUGCGGAGCGGCGCCCGUGUGGGGUUCUGGCGUGCGGCGCUGUCGCUCCCGGAGGCCCGGCGUCUCGAAGAGCUCGAGGCGCAUGCUUUUUCAUAGCUUUUGGGCCUCGCGGGGCCCUCCGCGGGCCUCGGGACGGUCAGGAAACGCCUCGAGCUGC